CGAUUACAGUGCUCGCGCGGGGAUCCGCUCGUCGGAGGCUUUUCCUCGCACACGCUUCCGUGCGCGCGUGGGCUUAGCUGGUUUGUGUCGACUCAUAACGCAAUUUUUGUUAUUGCAUCUGCUUGAUGAUUGGAUAAGUGAAAGAAAGAGAGGAUUCAAGAUUCUAUUAUCGUUAGUUUAUUACAAACAUGAAUACUGACAAAAUAUUGUGUCCAAUAUGUGCCAAGGAAUUCCCUUCCUCUGUUAUCGAGUCUCACGCCAGCAAAUGUUUGUUCCUGAAUGAAUCUAUGAAUAAUGAAACUACAAUGUUAUUUAAAGACUCCAGUCCCAUGAGCAAAAGUAGUAAGUUAAAGCCAGCAAGUAUAAAGAAAGUUAAUCAAGCAUCUAUUAAAAGAAAGAGUUCUUUGGAUCAGUUUUCUUCCCAAAGCUUCUAUAGAAAUGAAGAGGAUGUCAAAGAUGUCAUGCCACAAAAAAGUACAGAUAACGAAUGCAAGAAAUUACGUGGGAAUGAUCGUGUACCUCUCGCAGAACAAAUGAGACCAACAUCACUACUGAACUUUGUAGGUCAGAAACAUAUUCUUGGACCUCGCACCAUGCUCUCUGAACUCCUGCAAAAGGGUGAAAUACCCAACAUGAUUCUCUGGGGCCCACCUGGAUGUGGCAAAACCUCCUUGGCUAAUGUUAUCGCGCACGUGUGCAAAAACGACACGAGCAAUAAGCUACGAUAUGUUAAGCUUUCAGCUGCAAUGGCUGGUGUCCAGGAGGUAAAGGCAGUUAUCAAUGUCGCUAGUAAUCAUGCCAAAUAUGCACAGCGUACAAUAGUAUUCAUGGACGAGAUACACAGAUUCAAUAAGGCGCAGCAGGAUGUAUUCCUGCCGCAUGUCGAGUCAGGAACCAUCACUCUGAUUGGAGCCACGACAGAAAAUCCCUCGUUCAGUUUAAAUUCCGCAUUACUAAGUCGAUGCAGAGUAAUUGUUUUACACAAAUUAUCCGUUGCGAAUCUGCUAUCGAUUUUGAAGCGCGCAGUAAUUUCACUGCAAGGUAUAAUACACGAAUUAGAUAAAAAUGAAAGCACUCUGCAAGAUAUCAACAAAGAAAGCACGUCAGAGGAGAGCAAUGUUGAGAUGACACAAUCCUGCAAUACAAAGUUUAUUAUAGACGGACCGACAAUAGAAUGGUUGGCUGAAACUUGCGACGGUGAUGCUCGAAUAGCUCUAGGUGGAUUAGAAAUGGCGGUACGAUGUAAAGCACCGAAUGAAGAGGAAUUACUGAAUGUUGGUCCAGCAUUAAUAACGUUGAACGACAUUAAGGAGAGCCUGAAGAAAACACACAUGCUGUAUGACAAGAAAGGUGAUCAACAUUACGACAUAAUCUCCGCGUUGCACAAAUCGGUCCGAGCUAGUGACGAAAACGCAUCGCUUUAUUGGUUAACCAGAAUGAUCUCCGGCGGUGAAGAUCCGGUUUAUAUCGCGCGAAGAUUGGUGAGGAUGGCUAGCGAAGAUAUCGGCUUAGCUGACCCGAAAGCUCUUGGAAUAGCGGUACAUACAAUGCACGGUUGCAAAAUGAUCGGGAUGCCGGAAUGUGAUGUUCUUUUAGCACAAUGUACAACAUAUCUAGCGAGAGCACCAAAAUCUAGACUAAUGGAAGAUGCACUUAGAGCUGCGCAAAGAGUGGUGGCAGAACAUAAAGGUCCACAACCGGGAGUGCCCCUAUAUUUAAGAAACGCGCCUACGAGACUCAUGAAAGAUUUGGGGCACGGUAAGGGAUAUAAUAUGAAACACAAGGAUGAAUCUGGAUUGAAUUAUUUACCAGAGGGAUUGGAAGAUUUAGAUUUCUUUGGAGAUGACGAAGAUGAUACCUAGAAAUACUGUGCAACUGCCCCGCAUUGUUAAAUAAACCGAUUGUGCACUGGUACGGCGAAAUAUGCAUCAUAUUCGCGUUGUAUAUGUA